AUGAGUUCUCGAACAAGUCUACGCUCAAUCCUGCGCGGUUGGUUUGCGACAGACAAGUAUUCUGACACUGACUCAGAACCUGAUGUCCGUAUAGAAUCAGUCAGAGGAGAGUGUCCUCUGCCAGACCGAAAUCGACAGCGACACAAAAGGGAGAGGAAUAAUCCAUUUGGGUUACCCAAGAAGCGAGCUUAUUGCAGUCAUUGCCACGGUACUAAUGGUUACGGAGACAAUGAUUUUUCCAGGCGAGUUGAGGCGAAAAAGAAAAGAAGUCACAAGGAUCAACACGCGUCAGGCGGGCAGCAAUAUCGUCUUAGUGAGCAAUCGAAGCCUCUGCCUGUGGUUCCACGUCAACGACGUCCCCCACCAGCAAGAGGCCAACGGACUCCAUCAGAGGAUACAUCCCUGCAAAGGGAGGGCCACAAUCAGAAACAGAGACGUAAACGCAGCAAUGUUGUUGAUACCCGACUAAACGCGUCUAAUAAGCAGCUGAACCAGAAGAAGCAUGGUAUACAUACUAUCUAUCAACAGGAUCAGGAUCAGGAACUGGACCAGGGGAGCAACGAAGCCAUCUUCCUCUCCGACGACCGCUCAAUGAACCGCGAGGCCGUGUCAGAGGUAGUCGACAUGAUAGCCCAGCGCUUUAGCCACAUCCCCUACGCCGUUAGCGGUCUCGCGGCCAUGGUCUACUACGGCUACGAGGCGAGGCCGUACAGAGUGAGCAUCGUGUGUCCCGAGCACACGCGCGAGAACCAAAAGUGCUGGGCCAGGGCGCAGGGCAUGAUCCCCAUCCCGCGCCAGCGACACGUCUGGGGCGUCGCGACCUCUGACGGCAUCCUCCAGCAGAUCCGCGUGAGGUUUCCCUACGAUUUCAACGAGAUGCAUGCCCUAAAAAUAGGCACCGCUGGCAGCCUCCCCGUCUCCAUGUUGUCCCUAGCGGGGCUGGCUGAUGAGCUUGCGAGGACCUAUGUUAAUGAGCUCAAGCACUCGGACCACGACAGGCAGGAGAAUCUGGCUCACGAGAUGAUCUGGAUCCUCAAGAGAAUCAUCCAGUGCAGAUUGCCUGAGCAUGCCCUGCGGCCCGAGAGGAUACCGCACCUUAUCAGGGAGACCUUCUGGCUGCCCUUUACGCUAUCAUAUCCAGAAACGGUGCCUCUAUUUGCAAAGGCGGGAUGGAGCAUUCCAGACGAUGGAUGGCAUUGA